UUUAACCAGUCUGUAGUUAAUCUGGUGAGUGGAACGUUGUAGUGAAAAGUAAAGGUUAUACAAUGGAUAAAACACCGGUUUUAGGAAAACAAUUGGCAAAAAUUGUUUUCAGAGGAAAAAGUGUGUCACCUGUGAGAUUAAACGUUGGUGAAGUGGUCGAAAAGAGAUUCUCAAGUGAAAGGAAAUCUCCAAGAUUAAAUCGGUUCAGGUGUAAAAACAACCCACCAACAAGGAGAGCACUCAACUUUGAUAGUUUUUCCCCACUUGAAAAACAGACAGCUCUACCUUCUAUUCUUUUAGAUGGAGUCAAAAUAGACUUCAAUAAUUCUACAGAAUUUUUAAAUAAAAUAAAGACCGUAUCAUCAAGUCCCAAAACAGAAUCUCCAAUUUUUCACACGAGUAUUCUAGAGAAUGGUUCCCCUAUAAGAGGAACUCCAAUUCUGAAUACUCCUGAAAAGCAAGCGAUUUUGGAGAACGGGAAAUCAAAAUCUUGGCCAGUGAUAGGUAAAGGAAAUUUUGGAACAGUUAUAAAGGCAAGACACAAAGGUAAAAGAGUAGCAGUAAAAAUAAUUCCAAAAAAUAAUAGCCCAAGAAAAGAAUCACUAAGAAGGGAAAGACAUGCACUUGAAUUGAAUCAUCCAAAUAUCGUAAAUAUGAUCAGCGUUAUUAAUUCAUCCAACACAAAAUUUGGAAUAGUUUUGAUGGAGCUGUGGAACUCAAUAGAUCUACAAGAGGUUUUAGAUGACCACGAACGUGAAUUAACCUUCCUACAGAAAGUUUGUUGUUCUUUAGAUGUAUGCCAAGCCCUGAGUCACUGCCACGAAAAGAAAAUCGUACACCUGGAUGUAAAGCCAAAGAACAUUUUAAUACACAAGAUGGGCUGGAUUAGCAAGAUCUGCGAUUUCGGAAGCUCCAUCUCGAUAACUGACAUGGAACGUUAUAAAUAUUGCCCACGACAUCAAGGAACAAUACAGUACAUGGCACCAGAAAUGUUCAGAGGAAGUACAACUGUAACAGAGAAAGCCGACGUCUACUCUCUGGGAAUAACAAUGUGGCAGUUGAUGAGUGAAGAAACACCAUACAAGGGAGAAGAUCUCCACACCGUUAUCUACAAAGUGGUAUCACAAAAUUACAGACCAAGUUCGUCGAAUUUACAAACUAUGGAUCAGAAUUUCAUCAGCCUUUAUGGGGAAUGUUGGUUGGGUGAUCACACAAAUCGCCCAACAACUUCCGAAAUUACAAAAAGGUUGUCUAAGAUUUUAGAGGAAAAUAAUUUCAAAAGUGAUGUGAAAUGUUGAAAAUAUGUGUGAUAAAUUAGUGCGCUAUCUGUAAAAAAUUAGUGUGAAUUAUAGGAAUGAACCUUACAUUGGUUGGGAGUGGAUAUGAAUACCUCUUCAUUAAUUUUAAUUCAAUGAAUAGAGAGAUAAUUUAGGUAUUGAAACUGAUAGUUAUCAAUGGAAUCUGAAAGAGUUGGCUUAUUGUAAGUCACAUUAGUAUCUGUCACAAAUCAAUGUAGUACAGGCAGAAAGUUUAUGAUUAGUCUUUACGUAAGAUUAAUUAUUAAUAUGUUGAAUGAAUAUUUCUACAUUAUUUUUGAUUGAAUGAAUUUGAUGCUAAUAAUUUUUCAAGUUUAGUGGGAUUUUGAAAUAUCUACGUAUUGUAUUGGGGUAAACAUGAACUUAAUAACAUUGCAGUGAAAGAUUGAACUCUAGAUCGAUAGAAUUAAGAUAUCCAAUUGAUCCAUCGAAAAUCAUUUCAAAAAUGAUAUUAAAUUUGAAAUACAUUUGAUGGAUUGAUUUAGGAGUGUAAAUGAAAAAGUUGUGAAAUGAAUUGAAAUAAAGUCAGUAUCAUUUGAAAAUUUAAGUAAAAACAUCAAAGCGAAAUGUAAGUUAUGUAAAGAUGAGAAAUGAUAUGAAGUUUUAGGAAUCCUGUGAUAGAUUAGUAUAGAGUUCAACAUAAAUUGUAUAAAUGUAGCAAAGGUUUAAACCUUUCAACCAACGCUCAAAAUUUGUAUGAUAAACUGUAGAAUUUAUAUGAGAAUAGAGUGAUAAAUCGAAAGUAUUUUGUGAUAUAUAGUGUAGAAAUUUAAGCAAUGUUUUUAAAAAAAAUUAUUGAACAUAUUUUAAUGGAA